AUGGGGCCGCGAAAGAGCUUCCUCAUCUGUGCCCUGAUCGUCAUUCUAUCAGUGGCUGAAAUAUGGGCAGCAGUCGAGAAACAUCAGGGACUAUAUAUCGGACGGAUAAACACGUAUUCGCAUCAAGUGACCGGAUCGGUCUACGCUGUGGAUGAAUACACACUCCUGAUCAAAGGCUUUUUCUACGAUGGUUUAGGCCAGGACGCGUUUUUCUGGGCCGGCUCAUCAAUCCGACCCAGUAACGUUGGUUUCAUCGUCCCAGAUGAAGAGGGCAAAACCAACGUUCUGGAACCGUACACCGAUAAGGAUAUCUACAUACGCUUGCCGGACAAGCGGAAGAUCACGUCGAUCAAAUGGCUGGCCAUCUGGAAUUUACGCGACAACGACAACUACGGAGACAUUUACCUACCCGAUGGCUUCGAGCCUCCGGCACCCCGGAAACUUUCAGAACUGACGCGCCAGGGAGGAGGCGUCAAGUCGGGAACUGUCGUCAUCAUGGACACAAAAACUAUUCUGUUGCCUCACUUCCACUUCAGCGGUGACAACAACGAUACUUAUUUCUGGGUCGGUCAAGGAGCUCAACCCAGCAGUGCGGGAUACAAAAUACCGGACGAACAGGGCUAUUUGAACCCGAUCCGAACCUAUAGAGGAGACACAAUUACCCUGGUUCUGCCUGGUAAAACCACAGUCUUCGAUAUAGACUGGUUCUCGGUUUGGAACGCCAAUCUCUCCAUCAACUACGGAUCCGUUCAAAUCCCUCAUGGCGAAGAUAUUCCGCCUAGCACCCUCGAGUUCUACCGACAUGAAUCCCGUUUGCAAAACUGUGAACAGCUACAUUCGAACCUGCAACUCCGUUGGGAGAUUCAAGGGAGCUCGAUGACAUUCGAGCUCACCGGUCCGAUUGCCGACGAUCAUUACUUCGCCCUCGGACCUUCGGGAGAUGAGAACUCAACGCACACCCAGAUGCUGAAUGCAGACGUCGCAGUAGCUUUCGUGGACGGUCCGUACGGUCAAGUCAUCGACUACAAGAUUGGCGGUAUCUUUCCCUGCAGUAAAGUGCUCAGCAGCUAUCAGGGAGUCUGUCCUGACACAGUCGUCGGGGGCGUGAACUCCUAUCAGAUCCUCACAUUCAGCAAAAAAGACGGAAUGACAACAAUAAUUUACCGACGAGAUGUCUUACCCAUCGACGAUGCGGGCGAUCGGGUUUUCGACCUCUCGAAUCCGACAGCUAUCGCGUGGGCCAUCGGAAGGCUCAACCACAAAAAAGAGCCUCUCUUCCAUCACAUCUAUCCUAGGGGAGACGUUUUCGUUCAUUUCGGAUCGAAGACGAAAGUCGACACCUGUGUGGACUUCAUCAAAGGGUGGCCACCUCAGAGAUCGAAUGAGCCUCCAUGGGGUCCGUUUAAGAUCGUCGGGAACACGGUGACGCAAUUCAUCGCCCGAGUCGGUCCGGCGGGAGGAUCCAGGGGGUAUUCUGGAAUUACAGGUCUUCCCUCUCCGGGGGUGUCUUGGUACAUCAAUGGUCUCUUAGUGCCGACCCUGUAUUUGAAGAGAGGUCGCACUUAUACGUUUAGAGUCGAGGGCGGGGACAACCCCCAUAACGGCCGGUAUUAUCAUCCUCUGUACAUAACCGAUUCACCGUAUGGAGGAUUCGCUCAGAUGACCGAGGCCGAGCAGAAGGACUCGAAAAUCUACGCGGGAGUGAUUUUCAAUCGCCAGGGCAAGCCCCAAGCGACUGCAGUGGGUCGCCUCUGUGCUUGGGUUUACAAUAGCACUGAGCCGAGACAGGCUGACGGUUUUCCAACCUUCCCCAAGUAUCGGAAUCAGCUCAGACUGGACUGUGACGACAGGGCAACAGCAACCUUGCAAUGGACACCCAAUACUUCAACUCCAGAUGUUGUUUACUAUCAGAGUUACACGACCAGCAAUAUGGGAGGGAAGAUUUAUCUGCUCGACGAAUUCUCCGCAGGUUCAUCAUGAGUUUCCUUUGUGCGUCUGUGCCCGAAAUAAAUUAUUCAUCCGAGUGAAGAGAUGCU